AGCCGUUGCCCCUUUCCCUUUCUUCCAAUCUCUGAUCCAUCGGCCGACGAGCUCCAAAUCUCCCUCUUCCCUAAGCUUCCGGCUACUUCCCACCCCUUUGGCCGUUCCCGUGACCAAAAUCCCAUGGAGACCGCCGUUCUCGCGCCCCAGCAGGCCAACCCGGCUCAAGCGGCGGUGGCGCAGACCAGGAACGCGGCGACCAUGGCCGCCAUGCGGAAGCUUGGCGCCGCCGGUGCCACAUCGGCGAGGAGGAAGACGCUCUGCGACAUCACCAAUCUGAGGCGGCCGCUGGCGGCGGCGGCGGCCGAUGAGUUGCAGCAGGACGGGUCGAGGUGCACGGACGGCGUGGAUGGAAUCGCGCGGUUGAUCAAGGAGAAUUCGGAUCUGGUGAAGCUCCUGGAGGAGCGAGACAAAGUCAUAGAGUUGAGCGGGGCUGAAGUACAGAAUCUGCGGCUGGCAAACUGGCAGCUUGCGCAGGCUAAUUCCCAGAUGUUAGCAGAGCUAAAUCUUGGCAAAAAUAGGCUGAAAUUGCUACAACAUGAGCUUACGUGCUCCAGAGCUGCCCUCAGAGUAAAAUCAUCGGAACUUGAGGAGGCAAAGAAAGCGCUGAAGAGCAGCAGACUCCAGCAACAGAAGAGCGCGAACGAGACGGCGCGGCACUUGGUCGCCGACAGAGCUGCAGCUGCAGCUGCACAGCUCAAGGAUGGAGACGCAGAGCCCGCUUCGGAUGCGUCGCGCGCCGCCAGUGCCAAGAAGUCUACCUGCAACGCCAGCCGGAAGAGGCUGCUGAGAUCUCGAUCUCUGGGCCCUGCGGUGGCGCCGACGAAGCUGGUGGCGGCGUCCAAGGAGAGGGAGAGCGCACAGAGACGCAAGUCCAUGAGAACGCCUCAGCCGAGUGGGCGCAGGGAAGACUUGUUCGAGACAGAGGACGUUCAGCUCACCGCCGGCGGUGGAGAUGACAGGAAGGAGACGUCGUGGGAGCUGGAUUCGUCGGUGCAGUUCCCACGCAGGUCGUCGCUGGGGAGGCCGCUCCGGCGGGCCACAGAGAAGGUCACCUCCUACAAGGAGAUGCCUGUCAACAUUAAGCUUAGGAGGCCCUAAGCAGUAGCACAAGUUGGUUGCAGUUUUUUGCAUCCAGUUAGAUUAUGUAUGAUGAGUUGCGAUUAUUAGUUUAUUCUUUGGUGCCUUCUGCUUCUGCAGAUGCAACCAGCGUGUGUUUGGUGUGAAAAUCUGGAUUGUAGUGUGAAAGAAUGGUGUUGAGGUUCAACUGGCAAACAGAUUCAACUAAUUUAUCCAUCACUCUGAA